AUGGAGGCAUCUGCACUUAGAAUCAAAACCUUCAUUGCACAUUACCCUGAUUUAUUUUCUUUUGUUCACCUUGCUGAUGAUUGCAUUGGUUUGGAACUUUUAUCAUGGAAUGAUACACUUGCUGUCUCCCAAUUAGAGAAGAAUGCUUUUCUGCAAAUGGAGGAAGAUUUGAAAAAUAACUGUUUAGCCUUUCCAAUAGGAUUUACAAGGGGUUUUGGAUUGAAGAGGAAAUGCGUGGAGUGGUUAAAAGAAUGGCAGAAACCACCUUAUACUCCACUUUAUGCUGAUGCCUCUCACUUGGAUCCACGUACUGAUGUGUCAGAGAAGAGAAUCGUGGGCGUGUUUCAUGAGUUUCUUCACCUUACGAUAGAGAAAAAAACUGAACGCCAAAAUGUGAGUAAUCUACUUAAACCAUUGUCACUGCCUCAGAAGUUUACCAAGGUGUUUGAGCGCCAUCCUGACAUCUUUUAUAUUUCCAAGAUGUGUGAUACACAAACUGUUGUUCUUAGGGAAGCCUAUGAUUGUCAACGACUUAUUCACAGACAUCCCCUUGUUGAUAUUAGAGAAAGAUUUGCAAGCAUGAUGAGAAAAGGAUUUAUGGAUAGGAGCAGGGGCUUAUACAAGAAAACUGCCAAUGUAGGUCUUGAGGACCCAUCAAAGAUUGUUCUUGGUGAUAAAGCUUGUGGAAAUGGUCUUGAUUCUGAAGUGGAGUCAGAUUGUGAUUUAUUUUCUGAAUAUGGUUCUGAUGACUCAAUUAAUUGCCCUUCCUGAAUUUCUUUUGAAAAAAUGUUAAG